AUGCGUUCGCUAGCUUCGGUCCGGCCCCCUCAUGAACCAGCCACUGGAUGCCAGAUCCUAGUCAAAGCUGAACAUAUGAACCCCGGUGGUAGCGUGAAGGAUCGAGCUGCCCUGAAGUUGUUGCGCCAGGCCGAGGCUCGGGGCCAACUCAAGCCUCACACGGGCCAAUGCAUUGUCGAGGGUACCGGCGGCAACACGGGCAUUGCACUGGCCAUGCUCGGCACCAGCCUCGGCUACAAGACCAUCUUUGCCAUGCCCGAAAAAACUUCGCGCGACAAAUCCAACCUGAUGGAACUCUUUGGAGCCGAGACGCACCGGCAACCAGCAGUGCCUUUCAACGAUGAACAACACUACUACCAAGUGAUUCGACGUCUGGCCCAACAAGAAGGCAACUUUGGCCCGGACCAGUUUGAGAACACGGACAACGCAGCGGCGCACCGCGAAGGCACGGGACCUGAGAUCUGGCGACAAACACGCGGCCGCAUCGAUGGCUUUACCUGUGCCUCAGGCACUGGUGGUACCAUGGCGGGUGUGUCAAGCUACCUCAAAGGACGCAAUUCCAAGAUUGCCGUCUGGCUCACGGACCCAAUGGGCUCGGGUUUGGCAGCCUACGUCAAUCACCACGACACAAGUUUUCCUGCCUCUGGUUCGACGGUUGCCGAAGGCGUCGGAAUUACCCGGCUCACCAAUAACUUUAAAGAGGCACGGGUCGAUGGGGCCUUCAAAGGCACUGAUGAAGAGGCCAUCACCAUGAUGUAUUAUUUGGCACGCCAUGAAGGCUUGUAUGUCGGGCCAUCGGCAGCACUCAAUGUUGUUGGUGCUAUCAAACUGGCCCGCAAACUUGGCCCGAAUAAAUGCGUGGUCACGGUGCUCUGCGAUACGGGCGAUCGCUAUCGUGCCACAGUAUACAAUGAGGCUUGGCUCAAGGAGCAUAACCUGGCUCCCAAACAAGUGUCUCGCGGUGAUAUGAGCUUUGUCCUGUGA